AUGGCCUCAGACCACCAGACCCAGGCUGGUAAGCCCCAUCCCCUCAACCCCAAGGUCAUCAUCUUUGAGCAGGAGAACUUCCAGGGCCACUCCCAUGAGCUCAGUGGGCCCUGCCCCAACCUGAAGGAGAUGGGUGUGGAGAAGGCAGCCUCCGUCCUGGUGCAGGCUGGACCAUAUGUAUCAGGCUGGGUGGGCUAUGAGCAGGCCAACUGCAAGGGUGAGCAGUUUGUGUUUGAGAAGGGCGAGUACCCUCGCUGGGACUCCUGGACCAGCAGCCGGAGGACCGACUCACUCAGCUCGCUGAGGCCCAUCAAAGUGGACAGUCAAGAACACAAGAUCCUCCUGUAUGAAAACCCCAACUUCACAGGAAAGAAGAUGGAGAUCACAGAUGAUGAUGUGCCUAGCUUCCAUGCCCAUGGCUACCAAGAGAAGGUGUCAUCUGUGCGGGUACAGAGUGGCGCAUAAGUGUGGGUUGGCUAUCAGUACCCCGGCUACCGCGGCCUGCAGUACCUGCUAGAGAAGGGGGACUACGAGGACAGCAGCAACUUUGGGGCCCCUCACCCCCAGGUGCAGUCUGUGCACCUGGACACGCAGUGGCACCAGCCAGGUGCCUUCCACCCCUCCAGCCAGAGCUGA